AUGAGAAAUGUUACCACAAAAACAGGUAGAAAGAAAAUUCCUGCAAAUAUUCCACCUAUUCCCAUUGAUGGAAUUUCUUUUCACCACGAGGAAAGUGUUCAACGUUGGAAGUUUGUGAUGCAGAGGAGAAUUGCCGAUGAAGUAAAUAUAUCUGACAAACACCAAUCUUGCAUGAGUAUCAUGGACCUUAUCCAUAAGGUUGGUUUGGAAAAAACUAUCUCGAAUGUUGGCCCUUUUCAUCCCCAGCUAAUUAGAGAACUUAUCGUCAAUCUGCCUGAUGAGUUUAAUGAUCCGAGUAGUGCUGAUUAUCAGACGGUGCACAUUAGAGGGUUCAAAUUUGUGAUUUCACCUACUUUGAUAAAUGGUUUUCUUGGAAAUACUAUUGAUUUUGAUUGCUCUCCACCAUGUCUUACUACUGAGGUUCUAGCUACUGUCUUAUCUGGAGGGACCUUGUCCACAUGGCCUGUGAAUAAAAUUCCUGCGGCUGCUCUCAGCGUCAAGUAUGUCAUCCUGCACAAGAUUGGCAUUGCCAAUUGGUUCCCUUCCUCACAUGCCUCAAGCAUAUCUGUUGCCUUAGGUACAUUUUUAUAUCGAAUUUGCAAUGAUGAUAAAGCAAAUAUGGGUGCCUUCAUUUACAAUCAACUGUUGAGGCAUGUUGGGUCAUUUGGGGUCAAGGUUCCCAUUGCUUUUCCGUGGUUGUUCUCCAGUCUGCUGCUUCACCUAAAUGGAGCGGUGCUUACUGCAAUUGAUGCUCCUUGA